CUCAAGCUAACAUAGAUGCUUCUGUCACGCGCACAGCAACAUUACCGUUAGCGACACUUCAGCGGAGACUGACAACUGAUGACACGUCUUUUGUCAAAAUAAACUCAACAGAUCGGCAACCGAUUUCAGCAAAAUGAUUCCAGAGUUGUCCAACCCUUCAGUGUGUAUGAAAGACCCUCAGCGGGUGCAGGAGAUCCUGCAGUCCAUGGUGAAGGCUGGCUCCAACACCGUGCAGGUGAUCUCAGACUUUGAUAUGACCCUAACACGAUUUGCACACAAUGGCAAAAGGUGCCCCACCUGUCACAAUAUUCUCGACAACAGCAAACUUAUCUCCAGUGACUGCAAAGAAAAGCUGAAGGAGCUGCUCAACACAUACUACCCAAUAGAGAUCGACUCUUCGCGGUCAGUAGCGGAAAAGCUGCCCCUGAUGGUGGAGUGGUGGACGAAAGCCCAUGAACUACUGGUACAGCAGGAGAUUAGGAAAGACUUGCUGGGUGUGGCGGUUCGGGAGUCUGAAGCCAUGCUAAGGGAGGGCUACCAGCUCUUCUUUAAACACCUGCAUGAGCACAGCAUCCCUCUGCUCAUCUUCUCUGCUGGAAUAGGAGACAUCCUAGAAGAGGUUAUUCGCCAGGCUGGGGUCUUCCACCCCAACGUCAAAGUCUUCUCCAACUACAUGGACUUUGAUGAGUCUGGAGUGCUGAGGGCUUUCAAGGGAGAGCUGAUCCACAUCUACAAUAAAAGGGAAGGUGCAUUGCUCAACACCGGCCAUUUCCAGGAGCUGCGGACGCGGCCUAACGUGCUCCUGCUGGGAGACUCCCUGGGAGAUCUGACCAUGGCUGACGGGGUGCAGGACAUGGAAAACAUCCUCAAGAUUGGCUUCCUCAAUGAUAAGGUGGAGGAGAGGAAGCAGUCUUAUUUGGACUCAUAUGACAUUGUGUUGCUGAAAGACGAGACCUUGGAAGUCCCGAAUGCUGUACUGCUCUAUCUCACUGGCAAUAAGUGAGAAGUAAGAAUACCACUGGCUGUUUGGUAUUGGACACUCUGGUGCAUUAUUUUUUAUUUUAUGAAAAUAUUCACAAGUCCAGUUGACAGCCGCAGCUCCCACACUCCACGUCACCCUUUUAUAUCUUUGUCUAUUGGCCUUUCUCCUUCCUCCAUGUUUACGGUUUCACUGCUUUUGGACCAUAGUGUAUGUGAUGGAAGCAAGAUUUGCACUGUAUCUACUGUGCAGCAUGUUAAGUGUUUGUUUGGGGGAAGACUGGUAUUGUCACACAGUUUUGGUCUUCAUCCAGGAUGUAAUGAUAAAGGGAAAGAAAAACGCACAACAUAAAUGGCAGCACUUGACUCUGCAUUUGGUUUGAAACUGAUUUCCACUCUGUUACAAUAACGCUAAAUUCCAGCAAAUUUUAGCUUGAAACUUGAAGUUUUUAAAGAUGUUAAACAUUUUCUUCAUAUUAAACAUGCCAUGAUUACAGUGUGAAGUCUCCCAGUUUCUGGUCAUUUUGUCAGCAAACGAUUGUUUUUCUUAUGGACCACAGUGCUACUUAGUGGUGAGCCAUGAUAACCAAGUUAAAUAAUUCGGUGAACAAAAAUAAAAAAUACACGGCUCUUUUUCAAGUAUAGCAGAGGUCAAAUGAUGUGCAAGAACUAACUGCUGCCUCAAAAUGUCACUGUAAUACUAACAAAACCAAAACAGGACUGUGUUACACGAUUUGCUUCGACUAAUUGAGAAGUUCUGCACUGUAACAAACAAAAGUUUCCAAAAACGUUAGAACUGAGGCUUAACACAACCACAAAUUACAUUUUUGUGGUCAGUCAAGCAUGUCUUUGUUUGUCCAAACAAUUACCUCUUCAUAUGUUCCAACUCGUCUGAAAUAAAAUGUGGCUUCGUCUGUUUCUGAUCACCAUGUUUCAUAUUGACUAAUGUGCAGGUACAGGUCUGUACAUGAAAAGUGUGGAUGAAAUAAAGGAGCUGU